UACUACUGCACUUUUUUUCAUUUUCAGAUAUUUAUAAACAAUGAAUGGCAUGAUUCAGUCAGCGGUAAAAAAUUUGAUGUCUUUAACCCUGCGAAUGAAGAAAAAAUCUGUGAGGUUGCAGAAGGUGACAAGGCAGAUAUAGACAAGGCUGUUAAAGCAGCUAGAAAAGCUUUUGAGCUCGGAUCACCCUGGCGUACCAUGGAUGCUUCAGAACGAGGAAGGCUCUUGAAUAAACUGGCUGAUUUAGUUGAAAGAGAUCGACUGACAUUAGCUACAAUGGAAGCUAUUGAUGGUGGCAAACUCUUUUCUACUGCCUACUUAAUGGAUUUAGGUGCCUGUAUUAAAACAAUACGCUACUGUGCAGGCUGGGCUGAUAAAAUCCAUGGUCGAACUGUUCCAAUGGAUGGAAACUUUUUCACAUUUACAAGACAUGAGCCUGUUGGUGUGUGUGGACAAAUUAUUCCUUGGAACUUCCCAUUGGUUAUGUUUAUCUGGAAGAUCGCCCCUGCACUUUGUUGUGGAAACACGGUGGUUGUCAAACCAGCAGAACAAACACCUCUGAGUGCCCUUUACAUGGGAUCCUUAAUUAAAGAGGUAAGUUGGUAACAGCAUUGCUUUUUGCCCUUCUCAGAAAUGUAAUAGAACACUGCAGCUGAAAUGCCACAGAGGUAAUGUAAGCUAGGCUGUCCUUUGCAAGUACUUCUCAUUACAUGUCUAGCCUUGUACUAUGGAACCUAUCCUACUGUGAACCAGUUAAGUAAAUCCAGCGCAAAAGCAUGCAUAUACACAGCUUCAUACACACCUACAAACAGAGUUA